GGAGGCAGUAGCGCCUGAACCACCUAAGAGAGUAGACGUGCGCACUUCACAUCUCUCGCUACGCCUUGCCUUGCCUCCCUUCCACCCCGGGCUUCUGAAGGGGCAGCUCUAAGCACACAGUGAAGGAGGGCGUGUGUUUGUCGGUGCGCGUGCGUGACUGGGGGAUUACUGUGAGGUGGUGUGGCGAGGGGCGACCAGCACAACCCUCGCCCAGGUGUUAAUAUUAAACUCUCAAGGAUAUAGCUCCUGGCAGCACGUUCUGUGGCCACGAUGCAGUGCCUGUGGAGGAUGUGGGCAGCCAGCGUGGUAGUUGCCGCAGUGGUGGUGGCUGGAGUGCAAGGUGAGGAGGAAUGGGAGUGGAGACACAGCAGGAAGGCUUCCAGUAUCCCAGGAUAUGUGGAGCCCACCACCAGCACCUCCACCUCCACCACAACCACCACACCCCCUGUCACCACCUUCCAUCCUGCCUUCUCUACAGAGCAGCGCAGCCGCACCAUGUUCCGAGGGGCCUCUGCCAACCCUUAUUUCCUGAUGAUGGUGGGCACACACCGGCAGCCACAUGACGGCACCACCAAGAGCCGUGUGGUGGUGGACACGCCCCUGGAUGAGGAUGGGCCCGAGCCCCUGGUUCUGGGUGACACCUAUACCACCGUGGACCGCCUGCAGAGUGCACGGGGAGCCCCACCCCGGCUGCCCCGCCCACAGAAACACCUGCUGGGAGGACUCCACCCAGAUGAGGUGUUUUAUGCCAAUGAUGACCUGCUCAUCACCAGGGGAGGAGGCUUCCAUUCUGAAGUCUUCCAGGAACCCUCACAGCUCCUUCAUGAAGACGACAUUGCCAAGGAGAAGGACACCCUCACCAAGACGAGUCCCAUCAUGUCCCUGCCUCCAUCUCCAGAUCAGGAGUACAAUGGCAACAUCCCCAUCAUCCUGCCACCACCCACACAGACUCGCACCAAGCCCAUCUCCUUCCUGGUGGGAGGCGCCUCCAAGAGCAACUAUGUGCUGGUGCCCUACGUGUACCCCCAGGCCUACACCAAGGUGGUCCACACAUACCCUUCCCAAAUCACAUACAGGUACAGGUACUACCAAAACCCAGCCAUGUUGCAGGCUGUGGCACCCCUGGCACUGCCCCACUCUCUGGUGGGUGACACUGAUGUCAACUUCCGCCAUCCCAGGCCGCCCAUCAACCCAGACGCAGAGGUGUUUGUGCAACACCCCAACCCAACCUGGCGCCGCACAAACCUGUGAGCCUCGCUACCUCACCCCCGAGGCAGCCUUCACUCCUCCUUUGACUCUCUACACCCUACACUCCACUCCAGGCUCAUUCAUUUCCUCUCAUCUCAAUUUUGUACAAAGGCUACUGUAAUAAUAUAUUAGUGUGUCUAUAUCUAUUAUAUAAUAAAUAUAUAUGUUAUAA